AACAUUCAUCAACUAUUAAUUGAGUACCUACUCUGUUCCACUCCAGACCCUUGGAAGCACGCCCACUGCCACAUUCUUUGGUAUCCCAGCAACAAAAAAACUCUCACCUGAACUCUGGCCAGGACAGAGGCCAUUUUCCCUCUGACUGCUGUCACUUGCAGCUUCUCUGGGUCUCUGAGCAUCUGUUCGUGCAGCUUGUGGAUCCAGUGAAAGCCACCACUUGUCCCCAAAGGUGCCCAGAACCCCAUUCCCACCAACACCCCUGGUAGAAUGAGCUUCUCACUCACAUUCUCUGAGCUGGUCAACAUCGCCAUCCCACAGUGCGGUGUGGUGAACUUCAAGGCCAUGCACCUUCUGCUCCAUGGCAUCCUGGAGCACAUCCAAAUGGCUGAGCUUAAGAAGGUCCUCUCGGGGGAUGAGGACUUCCUCCAGUCCUCGCAGGCUGUGUUCAUGCCCCGGGAAGGAGAUGCUCAGCCCAUCCUCAACCCCAUGAAAAGGCUGAACAAUGUCUUUGACCACGUGGUGAGCCGCAUUGACAAGAUGGAGAGCCAGAUGGCCACGCUGCAGGACCUGCCCUCUACCUCUGAGCUGGUGCAAGCCAGCCAGGGGGCCUGCCGGCCAGCCCAGGAACUAUGGCAGCUGAUAAAGCUCCGGAAGAUGGUGGAAGGCAAUGAAGAAGCCACUGAGAAGUCCAUGAAGACCCUGCAGGAUUUGCUCAUUGACAUUCGUGCACUGAAGGCCACCACUGAAACCCUCCGGAAGGAUGUGGACAAGCUGAUGGACAUAGUUAAUAAGAUACAUGUGGAAAGAAUAGCCACUUUCUUUGAUGAUUUGAAAGGGCAGAAUCGGAAGAUGAACGCGCUGCAGCGGGAUGUGGCUAUUCUCCAGAACAAGAUUCUCACCAUCCCCAAAACUGAGGAAUUGGUACUCUGGAGCAGCCUCCAUGAGGCUAUGUUCACCCCAGGAGCUACUUCACUGCAGCUGGAGGAUUCUGAUCUGUGGCAGAUUACAGAUCAGCUCCAAGAGACUGACCUUCCCCAGACCACCAAGUACCUUGAAACUGCUCAUCAGGGCCAGAUCUCAGAGGCUGUCCAACUCCCCAAGCUCCUGGAUACCACUUUGCAUUACCAGGUCCCAGAGAAACUACAGGAGGAGGAGUCUACCCGGGCAGUUCCACUCACUGCGGCACCGGGGUUGGGGAAGCCUCAGGUGCUGGAGCGUCAGCCAGCAGCCAAGACUGGGUCUGCACCUGGACCCAGGCCUGGUUUGAUGCCGAGGCCAGAGCCUAAGUCCAUGCCUGCACUUGGACCCAGGCAGGGGCCCCAUCUGACACCUGACUUCACACUAGCACCUUGGCUUCCAUUCAUACCUACGCCUGCCCAUGAACCUGGGCCUUCCUCUGGACCUGGGCCUGCCCCUGGGCUUGAGACUGAGUUCGGACCUGGGCCUGUCCCUGGGCUUGAGACUGCAUUUGGACCUGGGCCUGCCCCAGGCCCUCAACUCGCCCCACCAGGAAUCUGGCCUUUUAUGCCAGGUAGCUGGCCUUUAAUGCCAGGUAGCUGGCCUCCUCCCAGAGGCUUGCCCUGGCCUAGUGCUGGGCCUUUCUGGGACUUAGGUUCCAUGCAGCCUAGCCAAGGCCCAAGGGGCCCCCAGCCCCCAGGCUUGAGGGCCCCACCACCAGCCACAGAACUUGGCUCUGCUUGGCCUUAUCCACGGUCAUCACACUCUCACCGUGCAGAGGUGCACGAGCUCCCAGUUGUCUCAGAAAGUGCGGAAGAAGAGGACUUACCUUACGAGAAAAUAUCUCAGGAUGAAGCCCCCAGAGCUGAGGCCCCCAAGGAACUGGCCCCUAAGGAAUCCCAGAUUGCCCUUCAAAAGAUGAAAACCACUGCUGCCGUUGCAGCUGCCGCCGCUGCCGCCUAUGCAGCUGCUGCAACCUCAGCAGCCCGGGCAGCCGGGAUUGCUGCCAAGGUCGUCAAAGAUGCCCCCGCCACCAAACUGGCCACGGUAGCAACAACCGUGGCCGCAUCUGGGCCCUUAGGGGUCUUUGCAGAUGUCAUGGGCGCUGGGUCUUCCCGUGGGGCCACAGGCUCCGUGGUCUUCCCUAAUGACACCGAGAUGGAAGACUUGCAGGAGCUAGACUACGGUGACCUCUGGCCUUCUUCACAUGUUGCUACUGCCUUCAUCCCACCCGAUACUGCCUUCUCCCAGUCCAUGCUCGCAGCCAAACAAGCUGUGACCCCCGAAGACAAGAAGAAGGCCGUCAAGUAUUCCAUGAGCCACAUAGCGCAGAUACCUAUUCGACACGACUCCCUGAAAGAAGAGCUUGUCCAGCUGUCAACCAACUUGGAACAGCGCAUAGGUUAUCUAGCUAGUAUGGGAGCCUCUGCCAAGAUUGGGACAACAGUGGACAUACUGCAAGAAAAGCUUGGCAGUCUCCAGAAAUCCAGGAUGCAGGAAGAGGAACUCGAGAGAGUUUGGGGCCACCAAAUAGCAGUGGUAAAGGAUCACUACAUCGUGCUGGACAGGGCAGUGGAACAAAUCCAUAUUCGCCUGGACGAGUUAAAGAUUCUCCGAGCUCAAAUAAAAGACCUAGAAAUGCGCAAGGUAGACAAAAAUGCGAUGGAGCAGGAGUUGAAAGAGAAAGCCGACAGGAGCACCCUGGCAGGCAAGGCAAGCCGGGUUGACCUGGAGGCGAUGGCAGUGGAGAUGAACGAGAUGAUGCAGAGCAUGCUAUUCAGGGUCGUGUCCCAUGAGGAUGACUGGAAGAAGGUUGUGGAGCAGCUCAGCAAGGACCUGGGCACCAAGCUGGUCCACAGGGAUUUGGAGGAUCUAAAGAAAGACAUAAAUGAGGUCGAGCAAUUAGUCAAGAAGCUGCUAAUUGAAGGCCUCCGAUUUGAUCCAGACAGCGCUGCCGGCUUUAGGAAGAAACUGUUUGAGCGGGUGAAAUGCAUUUCCUGCGACCGGCCUGUGGAGAUGAUGACUGGACCACACCUCAUCACCAUCCGCAAAGCCCAACUGCUGUCUCGGCUUCGUCCAGCUAGUGCCAACAGCUACGAGUACCUCCAGCGGCAACAGAUGAGGGAACAGCAGCGGCUGAAGCAGCUUCAGGACCUCGGAGACAAGGACUGGAGUGAUGGCCCUGGGAAUGACGCCAACCACAAGCUCAAGUCAUAUAACUUGUCAACACUCUACCCCUAUGGGGACCCUGAGUUGCUGGACUAUGAUACUGCCGAGGUGGACAUCCUGGGAGUGGACGGGAUCCUGUACAAGGGCCGAAUGAACACCCAGGACGGGGCACAGCCACUGGCCAGUGUGGAGAAGGAGUCGGCUGCUGUGAAGGUUCCACAUCCCCCGGCUCGAAACCUGUAUGACCGCUUGGGUGCCACCUACCCCUCCCUGCACCCCCGUGCCAUCAUCCGCUCAGCCACCUCCAGCCCCCACCCAAUGCUGCCAGCUCGGCCUCCGUCUACGCCCCCGCUGCCACUGCUGCCGCCGCUGAUGCCGUCCCUGCAGGACCCCUCACAGGCCUCAGGGUCCACCAGGCACCCAAGGUCUCAGCGCUUCGAAUCCCGAGCCAGCACGCGGCCCACCUAGGAGCCUGACAGCCCAACUCUCCAAGGACUGUGUCCAAAUGGGAACAAGCUCUCCCUGACCCGGGUCUACGCUGCCCGCUGUGGGCACUGGCA